CUUCAAGUGACAAAAAAUUGGACAUUAUAACAAUAUAGUUACAAACUAAAUGUCUUUGAAGUCUGCAUCAAAUCAAAGUUCUUUGUAAAUUGGGUGCGGUAUAAUUUUUUCAGACAUUUUCGCAUUUUACUUGCAGUGCAUAGAUUCAGAUCUACAGUGGAAUAAUCCAGGCUGAAAAGAAAGUGGUUAAAGAAAUGUGUGAAGCAUAUGGAGAAGAGGAUGGGGAACAAGUACCUGUAAAAUUGAUCCGAGAUAAAAGCAACAACAGAGAGCAAAAAUGUGUCAAAUGCAAUGAGUCUGGUGUACUUAAAAUACGCCUUAAUGAUUCAUUCUGCAAGAACUGCUUUCAGGUGUAUAUUGUUCACAAGUUCCGAGCAUCAAUUGGCAAGGCUAAAGUCAUCAGGAGUGGUGAGCAUGUUGUGGUAGCUUUCUCAGGGGGCAUCAACUCUGCUGCCUUGCUUCAUCUCAUUCAAGAUGGAAAAAGUGAAAGAGCACACAAAAAGUUAAGAUUUAUUCCUUCUCUGGUGUAUGUUGAUGAAACCAGUUUACUAGAUGUUUCUGAUGAAGAAAGACAGACUGUCAGGUCUAGUGUCACAAAACUGAUGUUAGAUUCUGGAUUCCCAACUUACAUAACAAACCUAGAGCAAGUGCUGGAGUUUGAGAAACAGCAGAGUACAUUAGAUUCAAUGUGGCAGGUUCACCCCUCUGAUGGGUGCUCCAACAUCCCCAUGCCAACACAGUCUCAGUCUGGAAGGUUAAAGGCUCUAAUCACUGGCUUAGGAUCACUCUCUAGUGCUGAAGAUUUUAUAAGAAAUUUAAGAAAUCAACUUCUAGCAGCAGCUGCCAGAAAGCUGGGUGUGACUAAAGUACUGACAGCUGAAAGUGCCACCAGACUGGCGGUUAGAAUACUGUCUGAUGUUGCUCAGGGGAGAGGGUCACAAGUUUCACUCAACACAGGUUUUUCUGAUGAAAGAAAUGGAGAUGUUAUGUUUAUUCGACCAGUGAGAGACUUGAAUGCUAAAGAGCUGGCUAUGUACAACAGCUUGUUCCAUGUUGACAGUGUUUUCAUACCUACCAUAACCACUAAGACUGAUCCAGGCUCCAGCAUUGAGAGAUUAACAGAAACUUUUGUCAUGGGACUACAAGAAGAGUUCCCCUCAACAGUCAGUAACAUCAAAAGAACAUCAGAGAAACUUGAUCUUCCAGAUGUGAAGGACAGCAUCAAGUGCUGCUUGUGUCAGUCUCCCCUUGACACUGAUGUUGGACUAGCCUCAGCACUAAAUGCUAUUGAACUGUCCAAGCAGUUGUCCAAGUCUUCAGGACGGACACCAGUGGAUGGCGCUGAUGUAAUUACACUAAGUGAGCCUUUUCAAGAUUUGAAAAAGUUACUUUGUUAUGGCUGUAGCUUGGGUCUUAGUCAAUUUAAAGGUGAUUUAUCCACACUGCCACCCUUUGUGAUGUGUACCAGCAAAGAAACAAAAACUCAGGAGUGCCUUAGAGAAAAAAUUUCCAGUUUUUUGUUGACAGAUGAAACAGAAUGACAACGCAAAUGAUGACACAAAAGUAACUAGGAAUAAAGACAAUUUUAAAGCUGU